UACACAUAAUUUUUAAAUCAAAAAUGGCCAACACAAAAUCAGCAAUGGGAAAAAAGAGAAGUGCCACCAACAAAAUCCAAGCUAAACCUGCUAAAGCUGCCAAGACAGAACAAGAGCCUGUUCAAGAGAUUGAACAAGAUCAAGGUAAUCAAAGAUCGUGAAAGAUCCCGGACUCGUGUUAACUUUUUUCUCUAUUUCGUAGAGGAACAGAGUGAAGGAUUAUUUGAUAACCUCGAUGAAGAAAUGGAUCCUACAGUUUUGGAUGAUAUUAUGAAUCAAAUGAACAAUGACAGUCAGUCUGAAGAAGAAGAGGAGGAAGAAGAGGAGGAAGAAGAAGAGGAAGAAGAGGAGGCAUUAGACGAAGAAGAGACAUUAGAACAAGAGGAAGAGGAAAAGAUGGAGGAGGAUGAACAGGAAGUGCCUGUCUCCUCUGAACAAAAGAGCACAGCAAAGCGAUUCAGAGAUUCCUACAUGAGCAAAGUCACUCAAGCCUUUGGUUCUGACUUGGAUAUUAUUCGACAGGAACCCAACUUGAAUGGACCUCGUUUAAAUAUCUUGAUUGACUCUUUAGAAGCUGGUAUUGAUAUCUUUUCAACCUCUGAACAAGAGAUUAUUUUGGCAGACGAAGAAAAACAAUAAAAAAAAAACACAAAAAAGCGGACUUGUUUAUAGUUCAGUCAC